UGACGCAGCCACGCGUGAACCCGCCACGGUGCGCUCGAGCCACGCAACAGUCUCAUAAUCCCCACCGGAAACCUACGGCUUCGCAUAUACCGGACCGGUCAGGCAUCAUUCAAGAGGGCUUCCAGCGGGCUUUUAACUUCACUUCACGUCUCUCCGCUGCAAAUAACCAUGAAGGGAAUGAUUCUCCAGCUCAGCCGCAGUCUGAGCCGUGCUGCCCCUGUUCUCCGACGCAGUGUCCACUCUGGGACACGUCCCGCCUCCACCGCCGCCUCCAAACUAAGGGCUGAACGCCCACUCACCUCAGAGGAGAUCUACGCCCGUGAGGACAAGCAUGGAGCGCACAACUACCAUCCCCUGCCUGUGGCCUUAGAGAGAGGGCAGGGGAUCUAUGUAUGGGAUGUGGAGGGCAAUCGGUAUUAUGACUUCCUGAGUGCUUACAGUGCAGUAAACCAGGGGCACUGCCACCCUAAGAUCAUAGCUGCUCUCAACGCCCAGGCCUCCAAACUCACCCUGACCUCCAGAGCAUUCUACAACAAUGUGCUGGGAGCCUACGAGGAGUACAUCACAACCAUGUUUGGCUAUGACAAAGUUUUGCCCAUGAAUACAGGUGUUGAAGGUGGUGAGACUGCCUGCAAGCUUGCCCGCAAGUGGGCUUACAAUGUAAAGGGGGUUCCCAAAAACAAGGCCAAAAUCAUUUUUGCAGAGGGAAACUUCUGGGGCCGCACCAUGGCAGCCAUCUCCAGCUCCACUGACCCCAGCAGUUAUGAAGGCUUCGGUCCCUACAUGCCAGGGUUUGAGAUUGUCCCAUACAACGACAUUCCUGCACUGGAGAAAGCCCUUCAAGACCCAAAUGUGGCAGCUUUCAUGGUGGAGCCCAUUCAGGGUGAGGCUGGGGUGGUGGUGCCUGACCAUGGCUACCUUACCAAAGUCAGAGAACUUUGCACCAAAUACAAUGUGUUGUGGAUUGCUGAUGAGGUGCAGACAGGUUUGGCACGAACUGGCCGGCGGCUGGCUGUGGACCACGAGGAAGUCCGACCAGAUAUGGUGAUUCUGGGCAAAGCUCUUUCUGGAGGAGUUUACCCUGUAUCUGCUGUGCUGUGUGAUGACGAGAUAAUGCUGACCAUCAAGCCCGGGGAACAUGGGUCCACAUAUGGAGGUAACCCUGUGGCCUGUCAGGUUGCUAUCGCUGCACUUCAGGUGCUCGAGGAGGAGAAGCUGGCAGAGAACGCUCAGAGGAUGGGAGAGCUGCUGCGCGCUGAGCUGAGCAAACUGCCCAAAGACAUUGUGACAACAGUCAGAGGAAAAGGCCUCCUCAAUGCGGUCGUCAUCAAGGAGACCAAAGACUACGAUGCUUGGAAGGUGUGCCUACGUCUCCGUGACAACGGACUGCUGGCAAAGCCCACCCACGGCGACAUCAUCCGCCUGGCCCCUCCCCUCAUCAUUAAAGAGCACGAGCUGCAGGAAUGUGUCGACAUCAUCCAGAGAACCAUCAUGUCCUUCUAAACAACAGCAGUUCAACUAUUCAGUAACACACAAACAUCCUUCAAACUGAUAAUCCACAUUAGGUGAAGCUAACGCCUAUCAACAACUCAUUCUAAACAGUAAUUAGUAGCUUUUAUUUUCAUGUUUGUUUGUUUCUUUUGUUUUUUUCAAAGUUAGGGGACGUUACUGUAGAAAUACAGUAUGCAGAGACUGUGUAUAGAGUGUGCAUCUAUGAGGACACAUUUGAAACCUUGAAAACUGCUGUAAAGAAAAGGGUUCUUUUUAGACUGCCUCAGGAAAGACUGCAACACAGCCGGACAACAUCAGUGGUUAUUUUAAUUGUUCUGCAUAUGUUUUUACACUGAAUUCAUAUAAAUAGAUGGAUUUCAAAAUGCUUCUUUCAGAUUUUUUGCUGGCAACGAGUGAUGUAAAUAAUAAGAUUUGUGUUUUUAAUGAAGCCUUUUAAUUUUCAAAAAGGAUAAGUGGGUUUACCAGUGAAGUAAGGUUGAAGUUACAAAGAUUUUGUUCUGUUUCCUCAGCUGAGGCACGCACUUUUGUGUGGGACUUUUCUGUCAUACUUUAGUUUACUAGAGUAGCAUAGAUGAUAGUUUUUUUCAAAUGGAUUAGCUACUGCUGCCUGCUAACAUAAACCUUGUGCAUCUUAUGUAAAAGGUCAGUUAUAUUAUUAUUGCAUAGUACUUUUAAUCUCAAGAGCAGGGGUUCACACACACACACACACACACACAUCUUUAAAAGGCCUUAAUGUAUUUGGAGGUUUCAGUUUCGAGGUAUAGAAAGAUUCUGUGAAAACUUCGUAAUUGCACUAAAACUGACGAUGCUAAAAGUUCAAGCCAUUUUCAUUUUCAGUACAAAUAAGACUACAGAACGUAUGAAGCCUUUUCAUUUUAAUUUAAGAUAUGUUACGACUGCUGCUGUGGAAGAAAUACUUCCUGGAAAUUGUAAUCCUUGAAGAACUUAAAUGCUGAAACAGAACAGAUAACAUUUUACUCUGUUAUGUAAUUGGAUAUAUUUAUUUACACAAGGAAUUUGCUGUGUGUUAAGGAUAAUGUGUGUUGGGAGGACUCGUGCUGCUAGCUGGUUACGGUGAAGUAUUUACAGUAUCUGUACUAUGUUUGAACUUUCAGGUGAAUGUUUUAACUGUUGUAAAACAAUGUAAAGCCUAAAUCACCUUUAAGUUGUUACCAAACCCAUUGUUCCUCAAAUAAAUUAGUGCAGACUCAA